UUGCAAUCUUCGACGAUGACGAUGUCACCAACGAUUGAAUGCAUUAUUAUUUCAUUUAGUGGUGAACAUAUAUCAGCUGAUUAAUGAAGUAACAUGUUUGAAAAUUGACAUAUAGAUUUUAAUGAAUAAUAAUUAUUGUUAAAUAUUAUUUCUGUUUAAUCAAAAUGUCGAAUGAAAUGGAUAUUAUCGAUAACGAAGUACAAUUACCUCAAGAUCUUGGUGAUGAUGUUGUACAAGAAGUACUUAAAACUGGUAUGGAUCUACGCCAAUAUUCUGAACAAAUUGAAGAAGAAUUAAAAGAGGUCGAAAAUAAAUCUAUACAAGAUUAUAUCAAGGAGAGUCAGAAUAUAGCGAAUUUACAUGAUCAAAUUACUGCAUGUGAUAACAUUCUGGAGGAAAUGGAGUCAAUGCUUAUGUGCUUUCAAAAAGAUCUUGGAAGUAUCAGUUCAGAAAUAAUUUCAUUACAAAGAAAGUCUGUCGCUAUGAGCCAACAAUUAUCAAAUCGACAAGCAAUACGAGGACCUUUAAGUCAAUUCAUCGAAGAUAUGACCGUCUCUGAAGCUCUUAUAAGUGGAAUUAUGGACUGUUCUGUGAUGGACAAAGAAUUUUUAGCACAGUUACAAAUAUUGAACUAUAAAAUUAAUUUUGUGAGGGAACAAAGCACAAAGGCAAAAUCUUGUAUAGAUGUACAAGAUAUAUUGGAAAAAUUAAAAGUCAAAGCUAUGACAAAAAUCAGACAUUACUUGUUAGAACAAAUUUAUAAGUUUAGAAAACCAAUGGCAAAUUAUCAAAUAUUACAAAAUAGUAUGCUGAAGUAUAAGUUUUUUUAUGAAUUUAUUUUAGUUAAUAAAGAUGAUGUGGCCGAAGAAAUUUGUGAAGAAUAUGUAGAUACUAUGAGUAAAAUAUAUUGUUCAUAUUUUAAAGCGUAUUCGUCUAAAUUAAUGAAAUUACAGUUCGAAGAAAAACCAACUAAAGAUGAUUUAAUGGGAAUCGAAGAUACAGCAAGGCAUAGUUUAUUUCACAAAUCUACAUUGAAACAUAGAGGAACUGUUUUUUCUAUAAACACUAGAGAUGCAGUUCUUACUACAGAAUUAGAAGCUUCUAUUAUUGUUCCACUUACAGCUUCUAAUAUUAGGUAUCACUACGAAGCUUUAUUCAGAAGUGAACAGUAUGCAGUUGUCGAUAAUGCUUGUAGAGAAUAUUUAUUUUUAACUGAAUUUUUUAAAGUUAAUGGUAAUGAAGCUAUGAGAAUUUUUAAUAAGGUCAUGGAGAAGACAUUAAAUCUUGUGUCGAAGAAUCUGCAAUCAUUUGUAGAUGAUUGUUAUGAUACGAUAGCAUUAUUUUUAUGUUUAAAUUUGGUAAUGCGUUAUCAAUUAACGUGUCACAAAAGAGCAGUUCCAGCGUUAGAUAAAUAUUGGGAUCAUUUGACAAAAAUUAUAUGGCCAAGAUUUGAGUACAUUUUUCAAUUGAAUAUUCAAAGUAUAAGAGAUUGUGAUCCAUCAAAAUUUAAUAAAGAGACUGGCCCACAUUAUAUAACAAGAAGGUAUGCUGAAUUUAGUGCAGCAAUGGUCAGCAUAGUCGAGGGAUUUCCUUGUGAAGGUGUAACACAAUUAUUGGCAGAACUUAGAGAAGCUGUUCAAUGUUUCUUAUUAAGAAUGGCAUCUAUUUUUCCAAGCAGAAUUAAUCAAUUAAUCUUUCUUAUCAAUAACUAUGAUUUAGUGUUGAGUGUUCUUAUAGAAAGGACACGAGAUAAUUCUAAAGAAGCAGAAAGCUUUCGAGAACAAUUAAAUGCACGUUCUUCAGAAUAUGUCGAAGCAGUAUUAAAUCAAUAUUUCGAUGGUAUCAUUCAAUUAAUUAAGGAAUCAGAAAAUUUUAUAGAAAAAAAUCAAGAUGAAGAUUUAAAAAGACAAGAAGGUAAAGCAUUAGCUCUUGUACAAUAUUUUACAGAUACCUGGCAACGUUCUUUAAAAAAUAUCAACGACGAGAUAUUAAAAUCAUUUCCAAAUCUAGUCAUCGGAAAUGCAUUAGUUCAACGUGCAAUGACUCAAUUAGUGCAAUAUUAUAAUAGAUUUCAUAAAAUAUUACCACCAAAUGCUCGAACGAAACUUACCAACAUACAUCACAUAAUGGUUGAAGUUAAGAAAUAUAAAACAAAUUAUUAGAUCUGCAAUAAAUUUAUGUAUUGAUAAGUGUCAAUCAUAAAUGAUUCGUGUGUUGUAUUUCACUGUCAAUAAGAAAUGUAUAAAUUUAAUGAAAAAAGGUUCUGUACAUUUAUUUAUAAAAUAA